AUGACUGGUGUUGAUCUAGGCGGGCUUACACUGUACCCUGGUGUGUAUAAAUUUGACAGUACAGCAUCAAUAGCUGCACCGCGUGGUAAACUGACAUUGUCGGGUUCGGGAUUGUUUAUAUUUCAAAUUGGUAGUGCAUUAAAAACAUCCCUUAGCAGUCAGGUUCUGUUGCGAAAUGGUACAUUACCACAGUGUGUGUUUUGGUUGAUUGGAAGUAGUGCAGUGUUGGGUAGUGGAUGUAAGUUCCAGGGUAUUCUAAUGGCGUCAGCAUCGAUUGGAUUUAUGGAUGGUGCCUCACUGGUUGGUGCAGCCUAUGCACAAAACGCAGCCGUAACACUAAUUAAUAACGUUAUCACCGUUCAGCCAGCAUGUAAUCUAUAA